CUGGUCUGUUAAGCCCUGCCGAUACACCUAAGUCCCCAUCUUCCGGUAUAGACUGUCUUAAAUCUGUACCAUUCCUUCUCCCUCUUGCUAACAAAGUAAUUUCACAGUUGUCUGCGUUAUCCUUCAGCCAUAUAAGUACAGGUUCCAGCCUUAGUUGACGAGUUUCCAGAUAAGGACCGUGCCACUUUCAGUCAGCUGCUGGUUGGUUAAACUUUGCUUCAAAAUCGGCUCCACUGUGAAACUCCGGAACACCUCUUGCCCGGCGCUGUCUCCGUCAGGAUGGAAUCUGCAAAUCUGCAGGAGACUAUUCCGCCCCUCAGGGAACAUCAGGCUCUAGUGAAACAUACUGGAGGAUGUCAUUGUGGAGCUGUACGCUUCGAAGUGAGGGCCUCAGCAGAUUUGCAUGUCCUUCAGUGCAAUUGCAGUAUCUGUACAAAGAAACAGAUUAAAGCAUUCAUCGUUCCAGCCUCCCAAUUCAGACUCCUCAAGGGAGCUGAUAACUUAACUGUUUAUACAUUCAACACAAAGGUAGCAAAACAUACCUUCUGCAAAACAUGUGGCGUGCAAAGUUUCUACACCCCUCGUUCCAACCCUGAUGGAUAUGGUGUAAUGGCUCACUGCCUGGAUGAAGGUACUGUGAACAGCAUCACUAUGGAACAGUUCAAUGGCAAGGACUGGGAGAACAGCAUGAAGGAGCACAAGACCAUACAGAAUUUGUCUAAGUCAUAAUCUAAGCCAGGGCCAGGCUUGGAGGCUAAAGUGAGGGAGCAGAUUUGAAGGGCACCGACAGGCACAGGAGGUUCUUUUCCCUGCCCCUAAGAAUGUCUCCCAUUGCCACCACCAUCUUUGUCCAACAGCAGCUUCUGCUGCACGGGCCUACCCCAGCUUCAGGAUGAGGCCCUUCAUUGCUGCAGGGACGGGCUAGCCUCCUGACUCUUCAACUGCCACCUCUUCCCCUGCCAGGUAGGCUACUGAUGAAUGUAGAGGCCAUGAACAGACCAUGAACAGGCCACUCACUGUAUUUAAACAAGCCCCUUACCCUCUUUCAAACCCAUGGGUAAAAUCCAGCCCCAAAAAAAAGGACUGAGAUCAUGACAGCUAGAUAUUGACAUCAAAGCCAGAUUAAAAACAAUCACAGAUAGACACCCCAACCUGUUAAACAAAACCUAACUAUAUUUUAAAAUACUGCAUCCUUUGCCAUGUAAUUAUUAUCACAAUUAAAUAAAUUAUUA